AUUUCUUAUGGAACAGACUCGGAGUAUCCACUAGGAGGCUUGACUAACAAGGUAUUUGUAUGGAUGCAAACAUUUAUGGCGUAAACGGUAAAAUAUAGAUUAAACGAUGGUUUAAAGGACAAGAAUUGUUGCUGUGGAGGAUUCGACGUUUGAUGGUGAAUUAUCAAUGAUCAACAGUCUCUUCUCUAUUGGCCAGUCCAGUGCGUAUCUAUGAACUCCAUAACGCCCUCCACUUCUGCCGUCAGUAGCCCUGUCAGCUCCGUAGAUUCGCCACUGUCAGCCGUCAGCUCGUCCAUCGGCUCUCCUGGCAUUCCCGGCACACCAUCUGUUGGCUAUGGACCCAUCAGCAUCUCUCAAAUGAACUCCUCAAUGUCUGUGUCUGGGUUACAUGCUGUCAGCAGCUCUGAUGAUGUGAAACCCCCAUUUGGCUUGAAGACUGUCAGUGGCUCGGGACCAAUGCUGUCCCAGAAACGCAUGUGUGCCAUUUGUGGAGACCGUUCAUCGGGGAAGCAUUAUGGCGUGCACAGCUGUGAAGGCUGUAAGGGUUUCUUCAAGCGCACAGUCAGGAAGGACCUGAGCUAUACCUGCAGGGACAACAAGGAGUGUCUGGUCGAUAAACGUCAGCGCAAUCGCUGCCAGUACUGCCGCUAUCAGAAGUGCCUGGCCACAGGAAUGAAAAGAGAGGCUGUUCAGGAUGAGCGUCAGAAGAAUAAGGAACGGGAUGGAGACUAUGAAUGCAGCAGUUCAGCCAAUGAGGAGAUGCCUGUGGAAAAGAUCCUGGAGGCCGAGACAGCUGUAGAGCACAGAUCAGACUUGCACUCUGAUGCCACUGGUUCACCCAAUGAUCCAGUCACUAACAUCUGUCAGGCUGCAGACAAACAGCUCUUCACUCUGGUGGAGUGGGCCAAGAGAAUCCCUCACUUCUCUGAGCUGCCCCUGGAUGACCAAGUCAUUCUGCUCAGGGCUGGAUGGAAUGAGCUCUUGAUCGCUGCCUUUUCUCAUCGCUCCAUCAGCGUGAAGGAUGAGAUUCUGUUGGCCACAGGUUUACAUGUGCCCAGAGAGAGCACUCACAACUUGGGCGUGGAGGCCUUUUUUGACAGGGAAAGUGCACAGAGUGCAGAGGUGGGAGCCUUAUUUGACAGGGUGCUGACUGAGCUGGUCUGUAAGAUGCGUGAUAUGCAAAUGGACAAAACUGAACUUGGCUGCCUGCGUGCCAUAGUUCUGUUUAACCCAGAUGCCAAAGGUCUGACUAGCAGCAGUGAGGUGGAGCUUCUCCGAGAGAAAGUGUACGCGUCCCUGGAGGCCUAUUGCAAACAGAAAUACCCAGAUCAGCAGGGGAGGUUUGCCAAGCUCCUCCUCCGACUUCCUGCAUUGCGUUCCAUUGGCCUUAAGUGUCUGGAGCACCUUUUCUUCUUUAAACUGAUUGGAGACACCCCCAUUGACACUUUCCUAAUGGAGAUGCUGGAGUCGCCCCACUAGCCGCGUCAGAGGAAGAUUGUGAAACAGGGUUUUCUACCCUAGGUCCUGGAGAUAACUGUGACUGCACUUUUUCUUCCCAGGGGAAUUACAGCGAUUGGUCAGCCUCUGGUCUUGGGGUAUUUUUUUAGUUCCGAUAUUUCUUGUCUUUUUCUCUUGAUUAUCUCUUAAGUGCACCAUAGAGUCUAGAGACCCAAAACUUGCCAUGAAAAAUUGUUGGUGCUACAUUUGAACAGUAAGCUAUAUGUGUACAGUACCGUGCAAAAGUCUUAGGCCACUAGUAUUUUCACCAACAAAAAAUGGUUUUAAGUGAGUUAUUUUUUAUGUUUUGCUGUAGUGUGUCAGUAGUAAAUGUCAGUUUACAUUUCCAAACAUUAUCUUUGCCAUUAAUUGUAAUAAUCCAGU